GUACAUUUGCAUUGCUGCAUAUCUUUAGUUAUAUUCGGUCCAAUAUAGUCCACUUGUCUUUGGUAGUAAGUUCACAUUUAUCAUAAGUAUCGUUAUCCAUCGCAUUAAUUCGCAUAUGAUUUCGCAAAAAAUCUGAAGUUGUUGCUGUGCUGAUCUAUAUAAUUUAAGUAUGCAUCUAAUAAUUAGAACUUUUGUUAAUUGUGUUCUGUAUCAUCCAAUCUUUCAAGUCAAAGUCAUACCCCUUUCGACUUUAUUGGAGUGAAUUCGACUGAAUUGAGUGAAUAAAUCCGAAAACUUCCCGAGAGAAAUCCGAAAAUUUAUCUAUCCGAAUCCUAUACACAAAGUCAAAUUCUGCUGAUUCUGUUUUAUAUUUAAACGUAACCUUGCAGGUCUCCACGGUGGUUAAACUGUGCUAGGUUAUUUGAACCAUGGGAUUUUGAAAUAAACUAUGUGCAAUUUCCGGUGCUGCGGCAAAACUCGGGCAAGAUAGGAGAGUUAGAGAUUUGAGAAGUAGUCUUCUUAUCUUCAGGAAUAAACUAAGUGGAGAGUGCCAACAAAACACGUAAAAAACCACUCGUGAUCGUGAUCUAUAUAACCAAGCAAGACGAUGGUGGUGAAUGUGAUGCGACUCCGUUAUCCUUCUUCAGUCUCUCUUUGGCGAAGAAGUUCAUCCGUCGUGGCGACCUUGCGACAUUCCCAGCGCCAGCACUCCACCCACCGCGGUCGCCUCGCCACGAUGCCCUCACUUUGCGUCAACCAUGAAGACCAUCAUGUUUGCCCAGGUCUACUGUUUACUUCACCCUACAGGAUGCUUCAUACAACGGUCGUGGGGAAUGGCUCGUCGAAGACAAUCACUUUGGAUAACAUGAAUCCAAACAUUAAGACCAUGGAGUAUGCGGUGCGAGGUCCUCUCGUCAUAAGGGCUACGGAAAUUGAGAAGGAACUAUCAGCGGGGUCAAAGAAGCCAUUCACUGAAGUAAUUAAAGCGAAUAUAGGUGACGCCCAUGCAAUGGGACAAAAACCAAUCACAUUUAUUCGUCAGGUGCUGGCAUUAAUUUCUUUCCCCGAGCUGAUUGACACGGUAAACUUUCCCUCCGAUGUCAAGGCAAAGGCAAGAUCCAUUUUGGGAGGAUGCAAAGGAGGCAGUGCAGGGUCGUAUAGUGACUCUGCAGGCAUUGAAGUAAUUCGACAGCACGCUAGCGAGUACAUUACAAAAAGGGAUGGUGGAAUUCCUUCUAAUCCUGACGACAUUAUUCUCUGUGCUGGUGCUUCUGAAGGCAUUAGGGCUACUCUAAAAUUGUUCAUUGAACAAGAUGCUAGUCAUCCACCCACCGGUUGCUUGAUUCCCAUUCCACAGUACCCGCUGUAUUCUGCCUCUCUGGCUGAGUAUAGCAUUUAUCAGGCUGGUUAUUUUCUUGACGAGUCCCGAGGUUGGGCGUUGGACAUUAAGGAGCUGGAAAGGACACUCAAAGAAGCCAAAACUAAAUGCGUACCUAGAAUGCUAGUCGUAAUAAAUCCUGGAAACCCAACUGGCCAGGUGCUAACCAGGGAGAAUAUAGAAGAAAUUAUCAAGUUUGCAUAUAACGAGCGCCUAUUUAUACUUGCGGAUGAAGUGUAUCAGGACAAUGUUUAUGCUGAUGGAAGCAAAUUUCACUCGUUUAAAAAAGUUAUGAUGGAAAUGGGAUCACCGUAUAACGGCAUGGAGCUCGCUUCUUAUUUUUCAACUUCAAAAGGAUAUAUGGGAGAAUGCGGCCUACGUGGGGGUUAUAGUGAAGUCAUAAAUAUGGAUGCAAAGGUGAAAGCCAUGCUCCUCAAGUCAAUUUCCGCAAAACUUUGCCCCACGGUGCUCGGUCAGGCCGCCAUGGACUGUGUAGUUGAUCCACCAAAACCAAAUGACCCUUCAUACGACCUUUUCAUUCAGGAAAAGACAGCAGUUUUGAAAUCCCUCGCGUCAAGGGCCACCAUGAUUGCAGACACUUUCAAUUCCAUUCCAGGCAUAAAAUGCAACCCCGUUCAAGGUGCAAUGUAUGCCUUUCCUCGGAUUACAAUUCCACAGAAAGCCAUUGAUGCAGCGAAAGCUAAAGGCCAACAGCCUGAUGCAUUCUAUGCAUUUGAUCUCUUGGAAAAUACAGGAAUCUGCAUCGUACCUGGAUCUGGAUUUGGACAAUAUCCUGGAACUUACCAUUUUAGAACCACCAUUCUUCCUCAACCAGAAAAGUUAAAAAUUAUGUUGGAUAAAUUCAAGGAUUUUCAUGUACAAUUCGUUGCGCGAUAUUCAUAACUUCGUGAAAACGUUCAGAAACUUUGUUGAUGAAAGAAAAAAAUUGGAAAAGAAACCUUAACCAUCAAUAUAUGAAGGGGUUUGGAUUUACUGUUAAAUAAUAAACAUCAUAAGAUGGGGAUCUAAAGUUUUGGCCUUUUUAUUCUUGAUUCCAUUAAUAAAUCUUUUAAAGUUUGGCCUGUCCAUCUAUGCAAAUUACAUGUGCUAUUUUACUUUAUAGAGACUUGAAUAAAUGUUUUAUCGAGGUAUCCAUUUACACUACCGACCGCA